ACUGUAUGUCGUUUUCAGCUUGAGAUGCCUGGUGUGAGAGGUUGGGUGGUUACAGCCACUCUGGUUGUAUGUUUGUGUUGCUCAUCGCUUCUUGCUUGGGCGCAGCUUACUAAUCCCGAUGAAGUCAGCGCACUGGGUGCCAUCAAGAAAAGUUUGAAGGAUCCACUGAACCAUUUAAAGAAUUGGAAUCGGGGAGAUCCAUGUACAUCAAAUUGGACAGGCGUUUUGUGCUUCAAUGCAUCGGCGGCAGCUGAUGGAUAUCUACAUGUUCAAGAACUACAACUUUUAAAUAUGAAUCUUUCUGGAACUUUAGCACCUGAGCUUGGUCAAUUGUCAUACAUGGAAAUUUUAGAUUUUAUGUGGAACCAAAUAGGUGGAAGCAUACCAAAGGAGAUUGGCAAUAUCAAAUCACUGCAACUCCUGCUUUUGAAUGGGAACCAAUUGAUGGGACCUCUGCCUGACGAGCUUGGUUAUCUUCCUCAAUUGGACAGAAUACAAAUAGACCAGAACCAAAUAUCAGGACCAUUGCCUAAAUCUUUUGCAUACUUGAACAAAACAAAGCACUUCCACAUGAACAAUAAUUCAAUUAGUGGACAAAUCCCCCCUGAGCUUUACAGAUUGCCAAGUCUUGUUCACCUCCUUCUUGAUAACAACAACUUAUCGGGAUAUCUUCCAGCAGAGUUCUCUGAACUGCCAAACUUGCUUAUCCUUCAACUUGACAACAACCAAUUUCAUGGGACCACUAUUCCAGCUUCUUACCGCAACAUGACAAAACUGUUGAAAUUGAGUCUCAGGAACUGCAGCUUGCAAGGACCAAUUCCUGACCUAAGCAGUAUACCAAACCUUGGCUAUUUAGAUCUCAGCUUCAACCAGCUUGAUGGAACUAUACCACCAAAUAGGCUUUCUGCUAAUAUCACCACCAUUGAUCUGUCAAACAACAAUCUUCGUGGACCUAUUCCUGAUAACUUUUCGGGUCUUCCUCACCUCCAGAUAUUGUCACUAGAAAAUAAUUCAUUGAAUGGUUCUGUUUCAUCCACCAUCUGGCAAAAUGGAACUUCCAGUCGAACUGAAACACUUACUUUGGAUUUCCAGAAUAACGCACUGACAAAUAUUUCUGGCAGUCUUACCGUCCCUCCAAAUGUCACCAUCAGCCUUCAAGGGAAUCCUAUAUGCAUGGGCCGCAUGGCUUCUAAUCAAGUCAACUUAGUUCAGUUUUGUGGAUCUCUAAGUGGAGUCAACAAUGCAGACACAAACUCAACAAGCAACACGGCGGAUUGUCGUAUUCAAUCAUGUCCUGAAAAUGAAGGAUACGAAUAUGUUCCUGCAGCUCCUUUACUCUGUUCCUGUGCAGCACCGCUUUGGGUUGGUUAUCGGUUGAAAAGUCCUGGGUUCUCAGAUUUCCGUCCAUAUAAGAUUAUGUUUGAUGAGUACAUGUCCUCAGGCCUCAACUUGGCCCUUUAUCAGGUGGUUAUUGAUACCUUUAUCUGGGAAGAAGGCCCUCGACUGAAGAUGAACUUGAAGUUGUUUCCUGUUAAUUAUACAUUUAACACGAGUGAGAUCAAGAGAAUCAGGGGCAUGUUCACAGGUUGGAAAAUUCCUGACAGUGAUAUUUUUGGGCCAUAUGAACUUCUCAACUUCACUCUCUUGGGACCUUAUAAAAAUGUGAAUGUUGCUACCUCAAGCUCUGGGAUAAGCAAGGGUGCACUGGCUGGACUUGUAUUAGGGGCCAUUGCAUGUGCUGUUACAUUAUCUGCGAUUAUUGUUAUCCUUGUAAUGAGAAGACAUAUGAGAAACCAGCGGGCAUUUACAAGAAAACGCCAAUCAUCAAGGACUCCAAUCAAAAUUGAUGGUGUGAAAGGAUUCAGUUUUGAAGAAAUGGCACUGGCCACAAACAAUUUCAGUAGCUCCACACAAAUUGGCCAAGGAGGUUAUGGGAAGGUCUAUAAAGGUAUUCUUGCUGAUGGCACAAUUGUGGCCAUAAAGCGUGCACAAGAGGGAUCUUUACAGGGUGAGAAGGAGUUCCUCACUGAAAUAGAACUUUUGUCAAGGUUACACCAUCGGAAUCUUGUCUCUUUGCUUGGAUAUUGUGAUGAAGAAAUUGAACAGAUGUUGGUGUAUGAGUUCAUGGAAAAUGGCACAGUGAGAGAUCACAUUUCUGCUAAAUCCAAAGAACCUCUGAGUUUCGCCAUGAGGUUACGGGUUGCAAUGGGUUCAGCCAAGGGCAUCCUCUACCUCCAUACAGAAGUCUCCCCGCCAGUAUUUCACCGAGACAUCAAAUCCAGCAACAUACUGUUGGACUCCAAAUUUACUGCAAAGGUUGCUGAUUUUGGUCUCUCAAAACUUGCGCCAGUUCCAGAUAUUGAAGGGACUUUACCUGGUCAUGUUUCCACUGUUGUAAAGGGUACCCCGGGCUACCUCGAUCCAGAAUACUUCCUAACUCAUAAAUUGACUGAUAAGAGUGAUGUUUAUAGCCUCGGGGUCGUAUAUCUAGAGCUCUUGACAGGAAUGCAGCCAAUCUCGCAUGGUAAAAACAUUGUUCGAGAGGUGAACAUGGCCUACCAGUCGGGUAUGAUCGUCUCGGUCAUGGAUGAACGUAUGGGAUCUUACCCUUCUGAAUGUGCCGAGAAAUUUGCGAAAUUGGCCCUCAAGUGUUGCCAAGAUGAGACUGAAGCUCGACCUUCAAUGGCAGAGGUGGUCAGAGAAAUUGAGAAUAUAAUUCCUAUGAUACUGGAGUCAGAUGCCACUGCAACAGGAUCUAUGGGCUCUAAUCCCCCGAAGAGAGUGACUCCACCAUCAUCGCCAAACACAGAAAUGAAGAACCCUUACGUGUCAUCAGACGUUUAUGGCAGCGACCUCGUCAGUGGAGUAGUCCCAACCAUUUCACCUAGAUGACCACCUAGGAUUUAGAGGAUUGAAGUGUAUGGUUUGCAAAAUUUUAGUAUAAUGGGAAAAUCAAUAGUGUUCCU